AUGGUGGCACUUUGCCAAGCGAUUGAUCUCCGAUAUUUGGAGGAGAACAUGAGGGAGGUAGUAAAACACAUCCUUGACCAAGUUGUGAGGAAGACCCUAUACACAGCUCAGGACAGAUCAUUGUUCGAAACCCGUUUCUGCAAGAAGGAGCUCUUGCAGGUUAUUGAAUACCUGCCUGUGUUCUCCUUCCUCGAUGAUCCCACCAAUCCAUCCUACGCUCUACUCCUCCAAUUGAGAGAGUUCCUCGUGGAGAAGGCGCUCAAUCAAUUGCCUAGAGAAGAAGAGAGUACUGAAAACGGGUACUCCAUAUUUAAAGCGAGAUUAGAAGAGGAGAUAGCCAAGGACAGGAGAAAUUCAAUAAUGGUGAUUUCUCGAUACCCAACAGAAUUAAGAAAUGCAGGACUUAUCUGA